AUGACUGGUGUGGGCGCUAUGAAUCCUUUCGCUGCCCAAACUCAGAUGAAUAAUGCUGGUUUUCAAAGUGUCUCUUCAUCUUCCUCUCUUACGUCAGCAUCCUCUGGAAAUAAUACUAACUCCAAUCCCUUGUCAGGGCCAUCUGGAAUGCCAAACCCCUUUAACCCCCAGGCCUCGGCUGGACAACAGAGCACUGCAGGGUACUCAGGCCAAGCAAACCCUGCAGGCAAUCCAAUGCAGUCUGGAAAUCCAAUGAAUAUGAAUCCUUUUGGAAGUAGCUCUAAUGUAUCUUCCAAUUCAACAAGCCAAUCCAUGACAAACUCUCCAUCAAAUAUGAAUCCAUUCGGUGCAAGUCAAAUGGCCUCAGUUGGUUUCUCAUCUACCUUUGAUCCGAACAAAAUUAAUGGCAUGCUAUUCUCGUCAUUGGUCGGACGGAGAACACUAGUUAAACGACAAUCCUCCGGAGGAUCUUCUUCAAUUCCUAAUUACGAUCCUAAUGCGGUCAAUCAACUGACUUCAAGUUUCUUAGACCCUUCAAAGUCAAAACUCGGGGCAGGUGGCGCAACCGGUGGUAUGUACAACCCUGACCAAUGGAACACCAUCAGCUUCAACAUGUUCAACCCCCAGUCUCAGCUCGGCAGACGUCGUCUGACAAGACAGGCUACAAUCCCUAAUUACGACCCUAACGCAGUCAAUCAGCUGACUUCAAGUUUCUUAGACCCUUCCACCUCCAAGCUCGGGGCAGGUGGCGCAACCGGUGGAAUGUACAACCCUGACCAAUGGAACACCAUCAGCUUCAACAUGUUCGAUCCCCAGUCCCAGCUCGGCAGACGUUAUAUCAAAAGACAAACUGCACAAGGACCAAGCAUGAGUGGAACCUCGUCACCUGCUGCUGUACCAUCUUCUGGAGGGUCUAGUUCCAGUGGAUCCAGUCAGACCAGUGGAUCAAGCGCAACCGGUGGAUCUAGUCAGCCAGGAGGAGCCAGUCAAACCAGUGGAUCUAGUCAGCCAGGAGGAGCCAGUCAGACCGGUGGAUCUAGUCAGCCAGGAGGAGCCAGUCAAACCGGCGGAUCUAGUCAAACAUCUGGUGCAUCACAGAUGACACAGCCUGGUAUGUUUACUAACCCUGGUGCAUUUACAAUGGGAGGAGGGUCACCCUCCUCGGCUAUGUCUUCAGGUAGCAGUGGAGGAAGCAGCAGUAGUGGGAGCGGAAGUAGUGGAUCAUCCAGUUCCAGUUCUAUACCGUCGUUUGAUCCAAACAAGUUAAAUCAAAUCCAAGUCAGCUUCCUUGAUCCCUCAAAAGCUCAACUAGGACAAGGAGGCGGAGGUGGUUCUGGCUUUAAUCCGGAUCAGAUCAACAGCCAGGUUUUCAAUUUCUUCAAUCCUAACCUCAUGAUGGGUGGAGGCGGACGAUAA